UACGAUAGACCUACCUCACCACUGACCAACUUCUGCAUUUUGCAGCCUCUUAUCAUAGCACUGCCUGUAGAUGGAGUGAAAUCUGUGGUAGUCCUCCUCUUGUGUGCUAUAUAUCAAAUAAAGGACGUAGGGAACAUUGUUUCUAUCCAGGUAUACAGGUUGGUACCAUUUACAUGUGCUUUGAGUAGGAUGACAAAUCCAUGUGUUUUCUCACAAGCCAGGGUUCCUACCUGGAGCCCAUCUCAGUGCCUCUUCACCAAUCAUUUCAUGAUUUUCACCAUAUAAUUUCUUCAUCUAUAUAUACACACAUGAUCAGGUUUCUGAGCUAACUCAACUCAUUCUCUCAUUGCAAGCAUCAAAUUAAGCUUUCUCUGCUUCCCAAGACCUUUGCAUUCUUUUCAUCCUUCUUUGAUCACUUCAAAAUACACAGAUUAACCAUGGGUUUCCAAUUGCCUCGAAUUGCCAACACAAAGACAUCAGAUAUCCCAAAAGGUUACUUUGCAGUCUAUGUUGGAGAAAGCCAGAAGAAACGAUUUGUGGUUCCAAUAUCAUAUUUGAACCAACCUUUGUUUCUGGAUUUGCUGAGUCAGGCUGAAGAAGAAUUCGGAUACCAUCAUCCAAUGGGCGGUAUCACAAUUCCUUGCAGUGAAGACACCUUCCUUGAUCUCACUUCCCGCUUAAGUUAUAUAGAAACCAUGGGUUUUCGAUUGCCUCGAAUUGCAAACACAAAGUCAUCAGAUAUCCCAAAAGGUCACUUUGUGGUCUAUGUUGGAGAGAGCCGCAAGAAACGAUUUGUGGUUCCAUUAUCAUAUUUGAACCAACCUUUGUUUCAGAAUUUGCUGAGUCAAGCUGAAGAAGAAUUCGGAUACCAUCAUCCAAUGGGAGGUAUCACAAUUCCUUGCAGUGAAGACACUUUCCUUGGUGUUACUUCUCGCUGUAGUGUGUGA